GUUACCUCACCUACCACACACCCUAGGGCGGUUCAUCAAGACCAUUCUCAUUACAUUGUCCAAGCUUCAAACAGUUGUGUUAGAUUUCGUAGAACAAUGUCACAAACAAAAAAACCAAAUUACCAAACUCACGUAGUAUCAAAAAACAAAAUUACUAACUCAUGUGGUCGUUACACAUCACUAUCUUUGUUCAAACAUUUCGCUGAACUUGUUGAAUACCAUUUCUUCACCUAAUUCUGUGCUGGUGUGCCUCACCUGCUCAACGAAAUUCCUCAACCAAAUCUUCCAGUCCUAACCCAAGUGUUUCUUUAAUCUUUUCCAUACACCUAUUAUAAAUUACUUUGAAUUGAACAGUUUUCCUGAUGAAAAUUGUAUUGCUUUGGUAACCCAUUGAUGGCUUUGAACGGUGUUGUUAAGCUGGGGAGUGUUGUUCCUCAACUGGGUUGGGGAGAAUUGAGUUUAAAGCCUUCUGGGUUUGUGUGUUAUCAGGUGAAAGACAAGGAGGGAGUUCGUAAAUGGGAGUGUCUUAAUGGGUUUUUGAGUUUAUCAUCAACCCACCAGACAAUACGAUCUGUGGAUGAUGAUGAGAAGUCGUCAAGUUCGGCUACUGAAUUGCAGAGGGUGGUUGAUCAGACAGAAGGAAAUGGCUCCAGGAGGUUGCAGAAUGAUUCAACUUCUCUUCCAAGUUCAUCAAGUGAGAUAUUUGCAUCCUCAAGCAUCCCAACAUUGUCAAAUGAAUCAAAUGUGUCACCCGUAAUAUCUCAUAACUUGGUCUCUCCUUCAAGGUAUUGUGGGGUUCUACUUGAUAAAAGACGGAGGUUGCUAUGAACAAAAACCAAGUCCUCUGCACAUUGGGGUGUCAUCUUGUUUCUUCUCAUUGAAUAGAUAAAAGAGUAUAUACUCCAAUUCUUCUCAGCACAUGACGAAGAAGAAGGUUGCACAAGUACCCUUAAAGCCAAAGAUUGAAGAGUGGGUGCAGAUGUACCAUGAACAACCCAGCAACUAUGAGGAUCCAUAUCACAUCUAUCUCCAAUGGAAUCAAUUUCAGCAAAUGGCCCCUAUUUGGUUGAGAACUUGGCAUACUCCAAAUUUGCUCUAAUGCGCUUCAUUGGAUCAUCAAAGAACCUUUUCAAACACUUUUUUCUCUCAAGGCAGACCUCCUCAUCCCUAUGUGGGGGAACUCAGCUUGGAUCCUCAUGAAGCCACACAUCACUAUAAUACUUAAAAUGAAAAAAAUGUACUACUCAUUAUAAAUGUGAAAGAAUAAUAUUAAGCUUAAAUUAAUAAAAAUAGUAAAUUGUGUUGUAAUCACCUUGCAUUCAAUGAGUGUGCCAAGCAAUAAAGUGGUGAGUUGUUCUUGUUCCACCGGUCUACAAGAAUCUGAU